AUGGCACAGUCUGGGUAUGAAGAGGUCUAUAUCGAGACGACACGCGAGCUGCCAGUCUUCGAGAGGCGGGACACUACAGAUGCUGGUCUGCUGCAGCUUUCACUGCCAAAUCUAAGCACACUCUCUUGCUAUGAUGCAAAGGACGACCUUACGCCUCUAUCACGCCUCGUCUUCCAACUUCCCGACAUCUCUCUUCUGGCCCAGUUUGACGAGCAAGCCCAGUCUCGGUUUGGCGGAACAUCAACAGCUUGGGAACAAUCUGUGCUCGAGGCAUCAGUUUCCCCAGCCAGGAAGAUAUAUCGCAACGUUUCUGCCACAGGCCAAAGUGCUAGCCUGGCGCCCAUCCAUCUCGCUGUUUCUACAAGAAUUGAUGAAGCUGACGAUGAAUCAUUCAACGAGUGGUACGAAUCAGAGCAUGUGGUGAUGAUGGGCAAGAUACCUGGCUGGGUUCGCACUCGACGAUUCAAGCGUCUGAGGGCUUAUGGAGAGGAUCUUCCUGCUGGACAGACCGAGUAUCUGGCUAUCUACGAAUUCCAAGCAGAGAACGGACUCCAAGGACCCAUACACAAAGCAGCAUCGGCCACCCCAGGAACCGCGAACGUUAGAGCAAUGCUGCGAUGGAAGGAGAAUCGAACUUGGAAGCAUUUGGCCACAGUUGACCUGCGCGGGCAGUAA